CCGACCAUACAACAGUGGACUUUACUACCAGGAAGCGUCGAAGUGGUGGUGUUAGAGUAAAUAAACAAGCUGCUCGGUUUUUGUUUAGAUUUCCCCGAAAUUAAAUAAGCAAGUAAAUAAGUAAAAAAAAAAACAUGGAUAACGCGCUAAUGAUGGAGGUUUUAGCUGAGGUUGGCUGGGACCGAAAAUUCGCCAUUCCAGUCUUAAACGCCCAGAAUAAAGCUUUGGCAGAAGAGAUCCAGAGGAAACGGAAAGAUCUUACAAACGUGCAGAACGAUGUGAUCCAUCAGAAGGAGAAGUCCAGUGCUAUGGCUGAACAUCUGAAAAACGUUGAGCAAGAGAUCAUUCGCAUUCAGGCUUUGUGCAGGGCUGUCAAGAAACAGACCGAUUCCGAGCUGCACUUCAAGGCCUUGGCCGAGAGAGAGAUCGGAUGGCUGCGCCAUGAGAUUUCCAAGCUUCAGAACGAGCAGAAAACGAUGCUGGAGAAGAAGAAUUCGUACGAGACCUACAUCUUUAAAGCCAAGCAGAAUUUGGAGGAGUUCAAGACCCAGAUGAACUGGGACCAGCAGACUCUGGAUGUCUGGCUGGAAGAAUCGGCUCGCAAAGACGAGGACAUUAUGACUAUCAUCAAGUAUGCAAAGCAGGAUGAUAGCAGGAUUCGAGAGCUGACUCUGACUCUAGAGAAGCUAACUCUCGAGGAGAACCAGAAGAGAAAAGCUUUGGACAAAGAGCUUACAGAGACCACCAUGAUACAGGUGGCUCUGGAGAAGACGGUGGAGAUGUUGCAGCAGGCCCACUCAGAGAGACAGGAGCUGAUCAGACAGUGGGAGAACGCCAUCCAGCAGAUGAAAAAGAAAGACCACGAUAUACAGCAGUGUGCUCUGCUGCGGGUUGAGGCGAACCUGGCGAUCCGCGAACGCAAGGAACUCAUAAAAGAGCAGCAGAACUACCUGGCUAACUUGGUGGAAAACAACAAGGAGUGCGAGAAAAAGAUCGCCGCAGUGGAACGCCAGGCCAGGAGGCUACGGGAGCAGUUUCAGGCGAAGGAGAGCAACUGCGUCCGCCUGCAAGACGAGCUUUUGAGCCUCAAGGGCAAGUUGGAUCGCACCACGACAGACCUGAAGGCCAAGAGAUCCCAAUUAGCGAGCAUAAGGAAGGACAUCAAGGAUAAAACAGCAAAGUUGGAGGAAGCAUGUCAGUAUAACUUCGCUCUAGAGAUGAAGUUGCAGUCCGUGACUGAGGGGGCGCUAAGCAUGGAGGAGAGAGCCACUCAGAUGGAACAGAUGCACCGAGACCAGGAGAAACACCUCAAAGAACGCGUCAGCCAACUCCAGCAGAAGCAGAAGCUCCUGUUCCAGAAAAAGCAGGAACUCCAUACAAUGAGAACGAAGGAGAAGAACCUCCUCGCCGAUAUCUCGAGCGGUCGUAUAGCUCUGUCCAACCUCAACAGCCGCCUCGGGAAACUAGACCAAUAUGCUCUCAAGCAUCAGGAGUAUAUCAACAGCCAGGACUUCCAGAUCCAGCUUCUGGAGGGGAAGAUGGCACGUCUGAGCGGCAACGUGAACAAGGAAGAGAAGGAGGCGCUGGAGAAGCAGGGGUCUGAGCUGAGCAAGGCGCUGGAAGAGAAGAAGAAGGAGGCUGCUAUGCUUUCAGGACAGCUCAGGACACUCCAGAACGAUAUUCGCUGUGUGAGGAAAGAGAACGAGAAGACGAGAGCGGAAAAGAGAGACCUGACCACAAAGAUCGACGAGAUGAACCUAAUCAACGACACCUUGGACAAACACUUGAAGAAACUUCGUCUCAAGAAAAAGGACAGAAUAGUGGAGACCAAUAUGCUGCAGCUGGAGGUGAAGCGCCUCAGGAACCUGCUGUAUGACAAGGCAGAUGGCGUCCUCUCUCUGGAGCAGAGGAAGCUUCAGCUGCAGACAGCCAUGAAGGAGUGGCAGGAGGAGAUGCGUGUACAUCAGGAAAUGCAGAACAAUCAGCUCAAGAUGACAGAGCAGGAGCUACAAGGCAUCAGAUCCGAGCUGCACGAACGAUUCACCAAAGUUGACAGGAUGAAGACAAAAUACGAGAUCAUCACCAUGUCCAUGGCUCCACCAGAGGGCGAGGAAGACAAAUCUCAGGCUUAUUACAUUAUCAAGGCAGCUCAAGAGAAGGAGGAGCUUCAGCGCAGGGGCGACGAUUUGGACGCCAAGAUCCGCAAAACCGAGAACGAGAACAAGGCAUUGGAAAACACCAUGCACUUGUUCAACGAUCACAACAGCACCUGUCGCAAAUCCUUGAACAAGGUCACAGAGACAAGUCCCGAGUAUAAAGAGAAAUUGAAGUUGGAGGCACAGAAAAGGGCGGCAGACGAGAAGGCCAAGUUUAAAAGGCGCCAAAUCAGAGAGCUGAAGGAAAACACUGAGGUAAUGAAUAGCUCGCUGAGCAUCUUGCAGCAGGAGGAAGCUGCUCAAGCAAAAAGUAAAGCUGAUCUCCAAACCCAUUCUUUUUCUCUGAAGAAGGAACUUGCUUCACAGCAGGAAAAACUGGACAGGGCCACCAAACAGUCCUCCAAGCUGGCUAAGGAGCUGCGCUCUGCCAAAAACACCACCGAGGAGACCUUUGAGGAACGUGACAUCAAGCGAAAGGAGUUGAAAGACUGCAAAAAGGCGGUCAAUAAGUUGCUUCUAGAAGUCAUAGAGCAACAGCCUGACCUCCAGCCGGCGAUUCACACGUACUUCAUGCAGGCCGGUCUCGCUAUUCCUUCCAGCCCCUCAACCCUGUCAAGCCGGAGCUCGAAGCUGAGCUCGGCACGUAGCUUUGGUUCCCUCAGAUCUUCGAAGCCGUCAGCCGGCAGCAGUGCAAGAGCCUCAACAGUUCACUUGCCUGCCGUUAAGACGAUCCAGUUGGACCUGGGACUUCCCGUCUCCUCAGCGUUUUUACCUCAGUCUCCUGUCAGCGACCGCAGCAGGAGCAGCAGCUGCAGCAGCAGGGGCAGCAAAGUCCGUAAUCUUUGAAGCGAAUCUGCUUUGCUCUUCCAGAAAAAAUGAAUAUGAAAUAUCAGUCCUGCAUAUAGUCUAGCAAAAGUAAUCAUUUCCCAAUGUUCUGUAACUGGAAAAAAGUCCUCUGGACAUUUUGCAUCAUGAGAAAAUUUCUCUCCCAUAAAAGCCUCUACUUCAAUUAAAGUUGAUUUUAUUGUUAUUAAACAAUCACAAAUCCAAACAAUGUUGGAAUUAUUUGCAUACUUUACCCGUGGGCAGAGCUUGUGGAGCUGUUUUACAGGAAUUGCCGCUAUUAUGCGUCACCGGGCCAUUUCAUAACGAUCCGCAUAAGAAUGCAAGGUCAUUACGGAAACUGACAGGAAUGCUGCACACACUCACACACACUCAUACACACUCACACGUACCUUUUUCCCGAACGGCAACCACAGCAGCAAACAUGUUCCUCGUGAUCCUUUUUGUCGGAGCGGUUCUUUUUACAAAUGGAUCAAAUGCUCAAAUCAUACUAGAACUCACCCUCCCUCCUGACCAGAACAUCACAACGCCCACCAAUACAACACUAACAAUAACACAA